ACGCAGCAUCAUUGUUCCCUGCCUGGGAGCGGCACGGCUCGUGCACCUGUCCGACCUGUUCCAAGAAGGACUUGACUCCUGAGGAAUUUCCCCGGCAACGCUUGUCUUUUGUUCCGGCGGCUUUACGGCGGGUGAGAGCCACAGGGGAGGCCGCAAAACAGAGGAGGGAGAGAGCCAGAGAGACGGGCGGAAGGAGAGAUGUCGGAUCCGGCCACGAAUCCCGCUGCCACCUCCUUCCCAGCGCCAACCAUUUCGCUGCCAUUGGGACUGGAAGUGUUGAGGACGUACUCUGGAGCGCUGGUCUUCUUUGAAAUAUUAUUUGGUGCUUUAGUAUGGAUCCUGGUGGCGUCCUCCCAUGUACCAGUGCCUUUGCUGCAAGGCUGGGUGAUGUUUGUGUCUGUCACCGCCUUUUUCCUCUCCUCCGCCUACCUCACGCUCUUCAUCACCGGCCUGGCGGACCGCAUCAAUACUGAUUGGAACUUUUUGGAUGUCUUUUACCAUUUCAUAGCUCUGCUUUUCUACUUUGCCGCCUUCGUGCUGGAGGCGGCGGUGACAGCAGCCAACGGGGGAGCCAUCAUCACACCGCUGCCAAACAGCACCGGAAGUGUGAUGUGUAUACCCUACCCUCGAGGAAACGUAUUCACAGUGCUGACUGGCAGCCAGUACAAUACUAAUGUAGCAGCCACGAUAUUUGCGUUUGUGGUGACACUGUGCUACGGCUGCAGUUUGGUGAUGGGCUUCAAGCGGUGGAGGAUCUAACCUGCACCACAAUGGCUUCAUCCAGGAAACAAACGGUUGCUCUGUUUUUACAUUUCCCACCAGCUUUGACCAAGAACCAAGCUUUUUAAGGUCAUUAACCUCUGAAAACAUUGAAGUGCCGUAUUGUGGGGGAUGUGACAAAAUAUGUUGUCAUCGAAAGUGUAAUAUGAGUAAUGUAGUGACACUGAGGAAACUUUUUUUUUUUUUUACUUUACAUCAACACUAUAGCUUCCUUUUUUUUUCUGAAAUCACUUCCUCAUUGGAGGGAAUAUUUCCCAUUUUCAAAAAGCAAAAUACCACCUGUUCAUGGUGUUUUUGUUUCAUGCAUAAUGGGGAGUUCGGUUGCAGCGUUUCUUAGAAUGAACCUUAAAUAAAGGGUGGCGGAUUGAUACAAUGGGAAGAGAAGGUCACUUGGCAUAAAACAUUUUAAAAUGAGCCCUAACUUAAAAGGGGAGUUGCCGUGGUAUCACUUUUGUCUUUCACACUUUUCAACCAUAAAUAGAAUAUUGGAAAUGUUGCACCUCGCUUUAAAACCAUGCUCUAAAGAAUGCUAUUGCAUAACUAUAGAUGAGUGACUUUGUUGAUGUUGAUUAAAUUGCUCCAAGUAAUAAUACCAUCACUCAAUGAGCCUUGCUUGCUAUACCGUUUUAUUAGUAUGAGUUGAACUGACCAUAGAAUAGUCAAUUAUUUGUGAUUUAAAUGCAUUUAGGAUGUUUGAUUGAAUUUUUUUAAAUGUGCCUUUGAUAUCGUUCAGGUGCCUUUUUAUUAUUCCCAACAAAGAUUUUUAAUUAAAAAACAAUUAAUACAAAAAAUGUCAUGUCAAUUUUGUUUUAAUGUUUAAUUUUCAUCAGAACUUAAACGCAAAUGGUUGUGUAGCUCAAGCCAUAAUGCCAGUUCGUAUGUUGAGUUUAAGUGAAAUACUUUGGAAAGAACGGACGGGCCGUAUUCAAACACUUGGCGGGCCGGAUGUGGUCCCCAGGCCGUAGUUUGCCCACCCCUGUAUCAAAUCAAUAAGCUGACCGGGCCAACGUGUUGUUGACUCUCUUCCAGUUUUGAACAUGGCUCAGUGC